AUGGACAUUGAUUCACCACCUUCGCCUUUCAACGACCACAAUCAGACUCCAAAUUCACCACAUAAACACCUGGAAUUGCCUGGAUUCUCAUCUUCGUUCCCUCUACCAUUCCGAGUAUUGUUCCUGAUUGGAUUAGCUCAAUUAUUAUGGGCUAUAAAUUUACAUGUUCUAUAUACAUUGGGAUUAGAUACAAGCUGGAUAUUAGAUUUGAGGGAUGAUCCUAAUCCCGAUGUUGAUACUGAGCUGAACCCAUCAUCAAACGAAGGAGAUACGGAAAAUGGGAUACGACUAUUACCACCUCGAAAUCAAAUUCAUCUAAAUACGAUAUCAUUAGAUGAUGAUGAUGAACCUGACACACCAAUACGACCAACUUCAAGAUCGAUUAUCAGACCUUCUUCAAGUAAAUUACAUGGUCCAAUAUAUAAGCUGUUCUUAUUGUAUUCGGCUUGGUGUGGAAGUGGUUGGAUCUUAUUUAGAGUUUUGAGCAGAGGUAUAGAUGAGGAAAUGGAAAAAUGGAGAAUAAUACCUGGAUUCUUGGCGAUAGGGGUGAUGAUCGCCGUUGCUGUACCAUGGAGAGGUGUUGGUGAGAGGGAAAGAGCUGGAUUAAGACGCGCAAUGAAACGUAUAUUAUUACCACCAAUCAACUCUCCAAUAUUCUUCUGCGAUGUCAUCCUAGCAGAUAUAUUAACGUCCUUCGCUAAAGUACUGGGAGAUAUGUGGAUCUCAGCAUGUCAAAUAUGGAUGGGAGAAAUCACUCAUGGUAGAGUAGGAAGAAAUGGCUGGGCACGUUAUAUAACUUUGGCCAUGGUCAGUCUCCCGUACAUGCUACGAUUUCGACAAUGCAUGUUGGAAUAUUAUCAAUCCUCUUGGACAUCAACUCGACCCCUCGCCAAUGCUUUAAAAUACUUUUCCGCUUUCCCCGUCAUAUUCCUUUCCGCUGCUCAGAAAACGGUAGUCACUGAGAUCGCAUCGCAAAAGGGAGUAACAGUACAGGAAUUAGCAGAAAUGCAUGAUAGAUGGUUUGGCGAACAUCGAUUAUUCCGUUUAUGGUUAUUGGCUGUUUGUGUCAAUUCAAUGUUCAGUUUCUACUGGGAUGUUGAAAUGGACUGGGGAUUAGCGUUAUGUGAAGUGGAUACUUGGCUAGGGCCAAAGGGAGGUAGAAAAGAGGUUGCUCUUGGUCUAUUGGGUUCACCUGGUCUAGGAGGAGGCAGUAGAAUUAACGGCAGAAGAGGAUCUGGCGACAACAUUUUGAAUAGAAUCAAAAAAUUAUUUACGAGACCUCACACUAUAAAUCAUCAAAGAUCACCAUGUCCUACCCCUGGACCAACAUUUACUUCUAACCCAAUGUUGUUAUCUUCAUCAUCACCUGAAACUCCCACAAGAUCUUCAUCUUCCUCUUUAUCAUUGUCAAUACCAUCAACAAAUACAUCAACGAUAAAAUCAUUAUUCUCAUUCGGCUUGAGACCGAUAUUACUCUUACCCGAUCCAUUGGUAUACCAUCUCUUUACGAUCAUAGAUUUAGUAUUAAGGUUCACUUGGUCCUUAAAAUUAAGUAGUCAUCUACACACUAUAAGCGAGAUUGAAAGUGGUGUAUUCAUGAUGGAAGCGUUGGAAUUGAUAAGAAGAUGGAUGUGGGUGUUCGUAAGAGUAGAAUGGGAAGGUGUUAAAAUGGGCGAAGUUGCUAGAUUUAGUAGAAGUGGUAAUAAUGGUGGAAAUACAUUAUGGGAAGAAAAACCUGAAGACGAAUGA